AUGGGUACCACUUACAUUUAGUUCACUGGGGUGGACUUCAGCAUGAAAGCUCAAACCUCUGCAGCCAUAGCAAGAUGUCUCAAGUGGUCUGUCACCAUUCCCUAGCAAUUCAAACUCAAUAUGUACCCUCUGCUUCUAGAAACAGGAAAGGGGAUAUCCAAAUACAAGUAUAGUAACAGUCUCAGAGUUAUCCUAUUACCUGGUCAUUUGUAUGGUAUCUGGUAUAAAAACAACAUUCAUUGCAGAAGUGGGUGGUACCAUCUCUUGAUAAACACUGAGUACUAUAACUAUGUAAUGCUUUUAUUUUGUUGACCUUCGUACCAAAAAGCAAGGGUAGAAUCAGCUAUAAGUUUCUGUCUCUGCUAUUGCCCAGGAUUGUUAUAAAAAAAAGAGGCAAGAGGAAGGGGACAGACAGACAGUCAUGUCUUCUGAAGCAACCCAGAAUAAGGUUCAGAUGUCUGCACUACAACAAAAUGAACAGGGUGCAUUACAGUGCCCUAUCUCAAAUGCUCAUGGAAAUAGAGAUGAAAUUGCAAGGAUCAGCCAAGAGUGUAAAAGAGAGAGUUUUUGGUACAGAGCUCUUCCUUUGUCUCUAGGAAGUAUCCUCGUCACUGAGAGGCUGAUUUCUAAAGGUGUUUUCACUUCAAGCCCAAGAUUUGGAUCAUUACCUAAGAUUGCACUUGCUGGUGUCUUAGGUUUUGCCAUUGGAACAAUGUCAUACAUAGGCGUGUGCCAGAAAAAGUUUCAAAGCAUAAAUGCUACACCGCUUGGUCCAGAAGAUAAAAGGCAUGAUAAUCAUACCUGCAAGGAGUGUGAAGCAAAAUCUUGAUCUAAUGAAAGGGAACACGAAAGGCCCACACCUUAAUUGCAGAAGUAAUGAAGAUGACAAAAUACUGCAGAACCAGUUGUUUUCUGAAACAGCUUAUUUUGGACAGAUGAAAUGAAGCUUCCCAUCACCUGUUAAGCAGUUCACCUUGAGGCUUGAUUUAAUAAAUUCUUGCUUAUAAC